AUGUCUGCCACAGCACCAACAGUCAAUGCAGAGCAAAUCAGAAGAUUUUACAACAAUGUGAAAAGCAACAACAAUAAACCAGCAAUACAUGCAAAAUAUGAUUACUAUCAGUCUAACAGUUUCGAGGAACAAUUAAAUGAUUUCAUAUCAUAUACUGAAGUACAAAAUAAUUUACUCGACUUUCAAGACGAAUACAACUCAACAUAUCCUAAGUGGCAUGAUUGUACCUUGCAGGAGAAGAAAGAGAUUAUAUCCAACUGCUUCGAACAUCUUGACUUUAUUCAUGAUGAAGAGAGAGUUAAUGCCGCCAAAUGUUUAUCUUAUAUCAGUUUGGGCAAUUAUGAAGAAUUUAUCGAAAAGCGAAAACUACGAAAUAACAUGAAAAGUAUAGAAGAAAGAGACAAUGAUAUGAACAGCCAUUUAGAGUUAAUGAAAGAGAACAAUCAACUUUUAUACACAAUGGAUAUCCUAACGGUGUUACAACAAUCUUUGAAGCGCAAUUGUCACGAACUAGAAUUAUCAUCAACGCUAUCACAAUCAGAGGCAGUUUCCUCUUUUUGCAAGGAGAUCGAUAUGAACCUGACAAUUCUCUACAUGGUGAUUCAGUUCAAUCAUGAAAAAAAGGAACGAAUAAAGGAAGCAAACUUACUAGAAACAUUGUUUAACUUUAUUAUUCGAUUGAAAGAAUAUUUUACAAGCGCAUUUCCUCUGAGAAAGCUGAUGUUGACUAUUCAAAGAUUGCUUAGCAUUAGUUUUGGUGAUUUGGAUACGAAUGAAUAUAAAGCCAUCAAAACAAGUAUAAGACGAGCCCAUCAUUUACCACCUUUGAAAACAAUGACUAACACCACUGCUAUGAAGGAUGCUAAAAGCAAUAAAGAGACUAUGAUCAAGUGCACGCCUGAAGAGCUUUACAAUAUAUUUUACCGCCAAUCUUUGGAAAGAUACCCCACCUUUACUCCAACACCUCCGCCUUCUGUCAUCUCCGAUCCUUUGUUGAUAACAAGCUCUAAUACAGCACGCCUCAUAAAAGCAAUGGGUUUGUCGGAAGCUUCCAAAAAUAUUGAUUUACCUUAUCAAACAUUAUUUCCGUCAAAGAAUGGCGGCGGGGGCGGAACGCAACAACAGCAACAGCAAAUGAAGCUUAAUAGCAAUAAUGGACAUACGCUGGAUAUUAGGGACUCUUCCUUUUUAGCCCUGAUGGAAGAGCCAUAUAGUUUGAAGGAGGCAAAUACAGUAUGGAUGGAUCAUCUGUAUAUAUCCGUAGGGACGUUACAAUUAUUGCACGAGAAGAACAAGGCAGUACAUCGUUGGCAACGGCAUUUACAAAAUACAACGAGCGCAGAACUGAAACGAAAGCAACGCCAGGAACAGCAUAAGACAGGUGUUGGUGAUGUGGACGACAUUGAUAAAAAUCAUACUGAUCCUGAUGAGGAUGGGAGUAGCUUUAAUGAAGACAAUGAAGAGGAUGACACGUUCGAUAGAAAAUUAUUAAGUGAUCAGGAGAGAAAAGCGUUGAAGGAUAUCAAUCAAUUCUAUGCCUUCAUUGUACCAAAUCUGCAAAAAAUUGUUGUUGUAUUCUUGAAAUUGUUGCUAUCAACUAUAUCGAUUACUAGCAAUGGAAAAGCACCAACAGGAGAAGACGAUCAUAAUGGCGACAGCAAUAAAGUAUCAAAUGCAAUUACAGCGAUGAAAAAAAACAACGCGGAUUAUACUAAGUCUUUGAAAAAUGCUGCAGCAGUAGAAGCAAUGGAUCAAAUUAGGAAUAAGGAAAUUCUUUCGAAAGCAGUUUCCACUAUUAUUUUAACACUGCUGAAAUGGUUUAAACUAUCUCAUAUUUUGAAGUUUGAGUAUUUGUCGCAAAUGCUGAUCGAUUGUGGCUGCAUGUUGUUGAUACUGAAAUUGAUUGGUCUACAAGAAAUGCCACUGCUUGCUGUUAGAAGGUCAGAUCACGAAGAAUAUAGUUUCUUUGGGUUUAUCCAUGGUAUAAAUGCUGGAGAAGAUAAUGUUACCGCAGGCAAAGGUGAUAGUGGCAGUACUGAUGGAAUGUAUACAAACAAAAGGAAUAUAUGCUGGUCAAUACAUUUACUUCGGAUAUUGCAAAUGUUGACUAAGAAUAAGAAUCAGCGUAUCAGUUUAUUGGUUCAAUACAAGUCAUCUGCUGUCUUGAAAAAGUUGCUGAAAGUGGGCCAUCCUACGCUAGAUCAUUACGUUCUGAAAAACCUGAAAUGUCAAGUACCACUUAUGAGCAGGAAGUGGCGAACUGGCAAUAUGAAGACAAUUUCUGCUAUUUAUGCCCAUUGUCUCACAUCAUUGAAUGAUGAUUGGCUAUCAAGGCCUGACAACGAUCACAAUAAAGAGGAAUAUAGAUUAGAAGAAAUCAGUCUUCGUAUGCUGAUAAAGCUAUAUAUAGGGGAACGCUAUAUUGACAGUUUAUUACCAACAUUGGAUGAAUUCACUGAAUUAGAAAACUGCUCCUUUUUCAACAGUACGCAUCAUAAUCGAAGAAAUGCCAAUGAAAGUGAACAACAGCAACAAGAAAAAGAAGCGAGUAAUACAAACAUGCAGAUGAAUAGACAUUCAUUAUUACCGGAAUAUGUAUUCAACCACAUGUUUCCUUUCGACAACGACCCUUUCGUUGCAUCUACCAUGGGACACGGCGCUGACCUUGAGGUAGAGGGUGACUUUAAGCUUAACUAUCGGCAGUGGCUCGAAAAGGAGGUCUAUUCAUUAGAACUUGGUGAUAAUGACAAAGAAGUCGAUUACGAGGAUGACGAUACGAAUGAGCAAAAUGAUGGAGAAUGGGACGGGGAAAGUGACAACAAAGAGCAACGGACCAAUGGAUGGGACACACCUAUACCUAAUUCGGUCUUACCGCCACCUUUAUCACCUGAACAGCUUACGAAAGAGAUUAAUCGAAUCUAUCAGGAGGAACUGGAACGUGAAUUCAUUGAAAAAGAAAAACGAAGAGAAAUGGAAAUAGAAAAGAAAGAAACAGAAAUAGACGGUUGGGGAAACGCAAUCGCUGUUGAUACUGCUGCUACUGCGAAUGGCUGGAAUAAAAGUACUACCGAGUUUUCAAUAGAAGAUAGCUGGAGAGACGACAUGAGUAGCACAACUGGGACUACGGCAACGAAUGGUACUGUCUUGACGGAUGAACCAAAACAAUGGCUUAGUAGUUUUGACGACGAUGAGGAUGCUGAUGACCCUGAAGUUGAAUUUGAUCCUUUGGAAGGUAUCGAUUGGCAAAACCUCUCUGAAGAAGAAUUAAAAAAGAGACUGACUAUUGUGGAGCAGAAAACUGUGCAUCGAUAUAUGAAUGUUAAGAUUGAUGAUGAAGAAUACUUGAAGGUUAUUAAUCCAUUAGAUACUCAGUUAACUGAAGACGAGGAUGGAUGGUUUAUAGAAUAG